AACAAGAAGCAGAAAACAAGCUGGCGACCAUUGAGAGCUGUUUGGAGGUCCAUGUCGCAAUCGCACUCCAUCCGGCUCGGCUUUGUUCUAAUUUAGAGAACUUCUGGGGGAAAUGGCGGUGCCCGAGCAGCAGCUGCCUUCGGCGAGGGGAUGUCCGAGUUCUGCUGCUUCCCCUGCGCCGUCGCGAGGCGACCGAACCCUCCUGGUGAGGCAUCUGCCCGCCGAGCUGAGCGCGGAGGAGAAGGAGGAUUUGCUCAAGUAUUUCGGGGCGCAGUCGGUGCGCGUGCUGUCGGAUAAGGGGCGACUGAAACAUACAGCUUUUGCUACUUUCCCUAAUGAAAAGGCAGCUGUAAAGGCAUUGACAAGACUUCAUCAGUUGAAACUUUUAGGUCAUACUUUAGUUGUUGAAUUUGCAAAAGAACAAGAUGAAGUUCAUUCCCCAUGUCCCACCUCAGACACUGAAAAAAAGAAAAGAUCUGAUGUCCCUGUGGAAGAGGAUAAAGAAAGUAAAGAAGUUGGCUGUUUAACCAUAGAAAAUGGAAUUGCACCAAAUCAUGGCCUGACUUUUCCCCUGAAUUCAUGCCUCAAAUACAUGUAUCCACCACCUUCAAGCACAAUCCUUGCAAAUAUAGUAAAUGCUUUGGCAAGUGUACCUAAGUUUUAUGUACAGGUGCUUCAUCUUAUGAAUAAAAUGAAUUUGCCCACUCCUUUUGGACCAAUUACUGCACGACCUCCUAUGUAUGAAGAUUAUAUGCUGUUACAUGCACCUCUUCCACCUACAUCUCCACAACCACCAGAGGAGCCUCCUUUGCCAGAGGAGGAUGAAGAAUUUUCUAGUAAAGAAUCAGAAUAUGAAAGCAGUGAUGAUGAAGGUCGACAAAGGAUGACUAAACUAAUGGAACUGGCUAAUCUUCAGCCCACAAGACCAAAAACAGUAAAGCAGCGUCAUGUGAGAAAAAAGCAAAAAAUAAAAGAUAUGUUAAAUACACCUUCUGCUUCACACAGCAAUUUGCAUCCUGUGCUGUUACCUUCCGAUGUAUUUGACCAAACACAACCUGUAGGUAAUAAAAAAAUUGAAUUCCAUAUAUCUACUGACAUGCCAGCUGGAUUGGAAAAAGAUUUAGACAAAGAACAAAAUUUUGAAGAACAAAAUAGUGGAUUUGGAAAAAUCUUCCCCAAACCUAAUUUGAACAUUGAAGAAGAAAUAAAGGAUGACUAUGAUGACAUGCCAUCAGAAUGUAUUUCUAGGCGAGAGUUGGAGAAAGGCAGAAUUUCUAAAGAAGAAAUGGAAAAACUUUCGGUAUUCAGAAGUUAUGAACCUGGUGAACCAAAUUGUAGAAUUUAUGUAAAGAAUUUAGCUAAACAUGUUCAAGAAAAGGAUCUUAAGUUUAUUUUUGGAAGAUAUGUUGAUUUUUCUUCAGAAACUCAGCGAAUAAUGUUUGACAUACGCUUGAUGACAGAAGGGCGUAUGAAAGGACAGGCAUUUAUUGGACUUCCAAAUGAAAAGGCAGCAGCAAAGGCAUUAAAGGAAGCAAAUGGAUAUGUACUCCUUGGAAAACCCAUGGUGGUUCAGUUUGCUCGAUCUGCUAGACCAAAGCAAGAUUCUAAAGAUGGAAAAAGAAAAUGUUAACAAUUGAGAAA